AUUCAACUAUGGCUGGGAGAUGUAGGACAUUAGUUAAGCCGCUUGUCACUCAAGUCGGUCCAGUGGGGGCGGGAUCUUCUUCAGACGCGCGGAGCGAGUCUGCUCAUAACAGCUGCCGCGCGGUCCUUGUCCGACUGUUUCAGCGUGUGGAGAUGUCUUCUCUCACGAAUAUGUAAUCGUAAUGUGACGCUCAGUUCACUGUCUUGUGAUGGGUAGACACGGCGUAUCUUAACUUCUGUGAGGAUCUUUAUUUUUAUUUUUUUUCGUUCCAUGUGGAUUAAAAGCCUGCUCUGUUUCUGAUCUCAUGUCUCUGAACUGGCUGCUCCACUGUGGGGUACCGCCGAGGGACUGGUGACUCGGAUCAAGCAAAAGCCGGAGACCAGGAGCGUUGCUUUCACAGUGGCCAGUCGGUGUCUCGAGCUGGAGGGUUGAGUCUACUCAAAGAUGAGGAGGAAGCUUCCAGCUGCCGGCAUCAUGCUGUGCUGCUCAUUAGCCAUGCUGCCGAGUGGAAGUCACUGCAAGGAGCCGGACCAUGGUGCUCGGAGUCGCCCCAUUCCCAUGUCCCCAUCAGACUUCUUAGACAAACUCAUGGGCAGGACGUCUGGAUAUGAUGCCAGGAUAAGACCAAACUUUAAAGGUCCAGCCGUCAAUGUAUCCUGUAACAUUUUCAUUAACAGCUUUGGUUCAAUUGCGGAGACUACAAUGGACUACCGUGUGAACAUCUUCCUGAGGCAGCAGUGGAACGACCCCAGGCUGGCCUUCACUGAGUACCCCGACGACUCCCUCGACCUUGACCCCUCCAUGUUAGACUCCAUAUGGAAACCAGAUCUCUUCUUUGCCAAUGAGAAGGGAGCCCAUUUUCAUGAAGUCACAACGGAUAACAAACUUCUCAGGAUAUUCAAGAAUGGCAAUGUUCUUUACUCCAUUAGGCUCACACUGACCCUGUCGUGUCCCAUGGAUUUAAAGAACUUCCCAAUGGACGUCCAAACGUGCAUUAUGCAACUGGAAAGUUUUGGUUACACCAUGAAUGACCUGAUCUUUGAGUGGCAGGAGAACGGACCAGUCCAAGUAGCCGAUGGGCUUACCCUUCCACAGUUCCUCCUCAAGGACGAAUCCGAUCUGAGAUAUUGCACCAAGCAUUACAACACAGGUAAAUUCACCUGCAUUGAGGUGCGGUUCCACCUGGAGCGGCAGAUGGGCUACUACCUGAUCCAGAUGUACAUCCCCUCUCUGCUCAUCGUCAUCCUGUCCUGGGUUUCCUUCUGGAUCAACAUGGAUGCCGCGCCCGCCAGGGUGGCCCUGGGCAUCACCACCGUGCUCACCAUGACGACCCAGAGCUCCGGCUCCAGGACCUCUCUGCCCAAGGUAUCGUACGUGAAGGCCAUUGACAUCUGGAUGGCGGUGUGUCUUCUCUUCGUCUUCUCGGCGCUGUUAGAGUAUGCAGCCGUCAACUUUGUCUCCAGGCAGCAUAAGGAUCUCCUCCGCUUCCGGCGGCCGCACAAGAACAAGCAGAAGAAUAGUAAAGGUGCAGUCGAUCCUGCGGAGCUGGCUGCCUCCCUACAGCGUAUUAACACUGACAACGGCCUCAAGCCCCCUGGCCCACUGUAUGGGUCUAUGACCAACAUCUACACCAACAACCACAGGGAGGAGGAGGUACGAGACAAGCGCCGCAGCGUCACAGGCUCCGCCCACGGCAACCACAAGGAGUCAAUUUCCAAGGACAGCGCAAACAGUGCCGUUGUCAUAGCAACAACCCCAGGAGGGAGCGCGGCCCUGGCUGCCCACACCCUGCCCGGGGCGGCGGGGGGGAAGGCGGCCCCCGGCCCCGGCGGCAAAACGCACGAGCAGAUGAGGAAGCUGUUUAUCGACCGCGCCAAGAAGAUCGACACGGUGUCGCGGGCCGGCUUCCCCCUGGCCUUCCUCUUCUUCAACAUCUUCUACUGGGUGCUCUACAAGAUCCUGAGGCACGAGGACGUGCACAAGCGCUAGCCCACGGAGCGGCGCUCUCUGGGGCCCAGGGAGCGGCCCUCUCUGGGGCCCAGGGAGUGGUCCUCUCUGGGGCACAGGGAGCGGCCCUCGCUGGGGCACAGGGAGCGGUCGGAGGUGAACAGGGGAUCUAUUUAUCAGAAGAUCGGGAAGAGGAACAUUGGAACUACCUGAUUACUUUCUAAAAAUAUUUGCAUAUCUUGCACUAGAGUGUGCAAGAUGUUUUUUGUUGAUAAAAAUGGAAAUGGUUAUAAAUGGAAAGAUAAAACAGUGAUAUAAAGGAACUCCAUUUAAAGCAUGCUCAGACAUGCUCACCAUUUUGGUGUUAAUAGACAGAAACGGUAGAAUACAUCUCUUUAUGUUUCACGUACACACAAACCCUGAGUCACGGUUUGCAUACACGUUAAAGUGCUGUUGGUUGGAUUUAUGAGCAAUUAUUUGAGGGCUUUUGAUUUUGUUAGAAAUAGCUUAUUCAUCUGUCAGCUAAUGUGAGUGAAGAAAUUAAAUCAGAUAUACACACUAAUCACAAUGUAUGAACAACAUAGACUCCGGUUAUGGCAAGUCAUUAUGCCUUCAUAGCAGCUUAGUCAAAGUUAUCUUAUUCUACAAUUGUUAUAUUACACAACAAACACAGCUUCAACACAUUGUGCUUUGUUUCACUUGAUUUACUUUUGAAGGACCUUUUCCCCUGCUUAUUUACAGUGCAUAUUACAAGUUUUGUUGGGGACUAUUGAGCAAGUACAUGUGGACAUUUAAUUCUAAAACAGCUGUUCUCCCCAGUAACAGAUGGAUAUCCUAUGCAUAAUUUAAAUUAAUGGAAAUGGACAUUGAAGUCUGCCGAUGUCAUUGAACAAUGGGAAUUUCAACUUAACAUUGUGUUCUUUGGAAUAUCCUUUUCACACUGUGAGAGAUGUACUAUGAUGCUUCCCUAAGGGUUGCACGUCCAUUCCAUUGACUUUGGGCAACACUAAAACUACAAAACAUCAGGUUUUUCACUACAAAUAUGGGGGUCCCUUCUCAAAAAAAGCUAAGAAAUCCCUGAUUCUAAAUACCAGUGCUAUUAUGGACUUGUACAAUGGAAAAUAUAACAUGUACUCACUGCAGGUAUGUGGACUACAAACACCAAGUCUUUCACUGUGCUGAGGACUAGGGGUGAACCACUUGGUCAUCCCCAGUGGCAAAAACACAUGCUAUGCAUACGUUUGCGCACACACACACAAAACAUACACACAGACAAAGUUAUGUAUAUAUACUCCAGUCUUUUGUUCAUCCAUAGAUUUACAAAGAAGAAAACUAGUCUUCAUUUAACACAUUCUCAUUCCUUCUCGGACAGACUUCUUUAUAAGGAAAACGUUAUUUUGUUAAACAAUCUUUUUUCCUAUGUUCUUAGUAUAGAAAGCAGGUACACAAAUGAACCCAUGCUAGCAACACCAGCCUUGUAACACUGCCACCGUGUCAUGCUUAAACAGUGGCAUCAAUACACAAACGCACACAAAAACACACACAAACAGACAAACACACCAAGUCUUCAAAAACACCAGUGUUGUCUUAAGAUUGCCAGUCAUCACUCAACCCAGUUUAGUUGUGCUUAAUCCCCACCAAUACAGUAAUCAUUCAUCAUGGAGCAGCUAUAUCAAUGAACCACCAACAUGCCCUUUUAUUUCAUUCUCUGUUCAACGAGGAUGGUAAGUGCAGGAGGCCAUGCAUAGAGGGAGCCAAACCAGCCAGGCCUGCCAAUCCAGUUCCUCCUCUCUGUGGAGAGACUGGGAGAGGGGAGGAGGAGUUAUGUUACUCCUGCCCAGUGAGUGUCAAACGGUGCUGGGGUUUUGCUGCUGGCUACCCAUGUGGUGGUUCUCCGGUCCUGCUGUUGUUUCGACACUGUGGCACAAUUUGACAAAAGUCAAUCCUGUAUUGAGAUGUAUAUUUCUAUGGUAAAGAAUAUAUUGAAAAUAUUUUUUUGUACAAGUGAUGAUACUAAUAAAUGUAAUGCAUGAAA